AUGGCGGAAAACAGUUUGGAAACAAUCCCAAUCUACUUGAAAGAAUCUCUUGAUCCGCGGAAUGCCAAAGAAGCCGAGGCUCACUUGCGUGCCAUCGAGUGUCAGCCCCACUUUGCAAUCAACUUGUUAAAUGUUGUAGCCUCAUCUAAUUUAGACUCUUCGGUGAGACUUGCUGGAUCAUUGUUCCUCAAAAAUCUUGUGAAACGCAAAUGGGUGAAUGAAGACGGUGAGUAUCUUUUGUUUACUGAGGACAUUCAAUACCUAAAGGCAGAGAUUUUGAAUGUCAUGAUUAAGUUACCCAACAAUAUCCAGGCUCAGUUGGGAGAGACCAUCUCCAUCAUUGCCGAGCUGGAUUUUCCUCGCAAUUGGGAAAACUUGAUUGAUGAACUUGUGACAAGACUCUCAGCAGAGGAUUUUGUUUUGAAUCGUGGUAUUCUCCUAGUUGCACACUCAAUCUUCAAGAAAUGGAGACCGCUUUUCCGCUCCGACGAGUUAUUCUUGGAGAUCAAGAUGGUGUUGGACAAGUUCGCCCAGCCAUUUAUGGCCUUGUUCGUAAGAACCGAUGAACUUGUUACCGAAGCAUUGAAUCAAACGAAUGGCGCCAAUCUUGCCAUUUACUUAGAGUGCUUGUUGCUUGAAGUCCAAAUCUAUUACGAUUUGAACUGUCAAGAUAUUCCAGAAUUCUUUGAAGACAACUUGGCCACAGGAAUGAGCAUCAUGCACAAAUACCUCACGCUCAAGACUCCCUUGGUCGGCGACGCUGAUGAUGACGAGGAUAUAGAUGUACUCAUCAAGACCAAGUCGGCAAUUUUGGAAUUGAUCUCACUAUAUGUCACCAGAUAUUCCGAGGAGUUUGAACCAGUCACUGAAUCAUUUAUAACUUCAGUUUGGGAAUUAGUCAAUACGGGAGUUACUAAACAACCUAAAUUUGACUUGUUGACCGUCAAGGCAUUGUCGUUCUUGACAUCUAUUUCACAGGUAUCCAAAUACCAGUCUUUUUUCGACAAUGAACAAGCCAUCAGGGAAAUUAUUGAAAAAAUCAUUUUACCAAAUAUCGUCUUCAGAGACGUUGACGAAGAGAUGUUUGAGGAUGAACCCAUUGCCUUUGUCAGAUCUGACUUAGAAGGCUCAGAUUUUGAUUCUAGAAGAAAAUCGUCGACCGAUUUCUUGCGGGAAUUGAAGGAGGUUAAUACUACCCUUUUAACAAACACGGUAAUGUCUUACGUGAAUGAAUUCUUGUCCCACACAGAUUGGAGAAAUAGAGACAUCGCUAUUUAUCUAUUCACCUCAUUAGCCGCCAAGGGAUCUGUGACAAAUAUGGGUGUCACCUCAACCAAUCUUCUUGUAGAUGUUGUUGGGUUUUUCACGUCUAACAUUGCUUCAUACUUGGUCGAAGAUGCUUCGCCGAUCUUGAAAGCGGAUGCUAUCAAGUACAUCAUGACCUUCAGAAACCAGUUGACAAAAGAACAACUUUUAACAACCGUGCCACUUUUGGAAAACCAUAUCAAACACGAAAAUGCCGUGGUGUAUACAUACGCAGCAAUCACCAUCGAGAAGCUCUUUGCCAUGACGAGUUUCACGAACUCGGCUCAUCUUCCGGUCUUUGAUAAGAAUGACAUUCAGCCAUACGCUAGCAACUUAUUGCACAAUCUUUUUGCCCGGAUUUUAUCGAGUACAGUACCUGAGAAAUUGUCUGAAAAUGAGUUUUUAAUUCGGACUGUUAUGAGAGUUUUGAGCACGGCAGAAAACACCAUUGCAGAACCAUUCAAAGCAAUUAUCAUCGGCCAACUCCUAUAUAUCUUGAGCAUUAUUGCGAAGAAUCCCGCUAAUCCUAGAUUCACACAUUACGUUUUUGAAAGCUUGGGUCUUUUGAUAAAGUUUAGCUCCGCACCAAAAGCUGAGGUUACUCCGAACUACAUUGCAUUAAUAAUGCCUGCUUUGCUACAGAUCUUGAGCGAAGAUGUUCAGGAGUUUGUCCCUUACACAUUUCAGAUUUUGGCAUUCUUGCUUGAGGAACUUCCGAGCUCAAAUGCUUUACCUGAGCAGUAUGCGGGGUUGGUAAAACCUAUUUUAUCUCCUGUUGUUUGGGAAUACAGAGGAAAUGUUCCAGGAGUAACCAGGCUUAUUAUAGCAAUCAUGAAACACGACUCUGCAGUGUUUGCCCGAAAUGCACAGGAACUCACGCCGCUCCUAGGAGUAUUCCAAAAAUUAAUCGCUUCGAGAGCAAAUGAUUCAUAUGGCUUUGAUUUGCUAGAGGGCAUUUUACUAAACAUGCCACUUAAUCUUUUGACCGACUAUUUCAAUCAAAUCGCCAUUUUGUUGUUGACCAGACUCAAGAGUUCACGGACUGAAAAAUUUAUCAAGAAGUUUGUCUUAUUUUUAUUAUCAUUGUCGUGUGUGCCAUUGAAUCAGACCUUGUCAACUAAAACAGGCAUUAAUGCGGACUUCGUGAUCAACCUCCUUGAUUCAGCCCAACAAGGCGUAUUCCAACAAAUAUUCACUAGCUUUAUUUUGCCAACCUCUGAGUCAUUUACCUCGUUGCAAGACAAGAAAGUCAGUGCAUUGGGUCUCUCACAACUUGCUACUUCUUCAGGGUUCACUCAAGGAAAUUACAAAGUCCUUGUUGUGCCUACUGUGGAGCAGUUAUGCAAAAACCUUUCUCUUUUACAAGGUAUUUCAAACAAAGCUAGUACUGUCACGAACACAACAACUGGUGACACAAAUACUACAAGUGUGGCUAUUAACGACUUGGAUUUGGAAAGUGCAGCAUAUGGAUCAUCAUUUUCUAGGCUUGUAUCGAUUCAUUUGAAGCUGUUUGACCCAUUACCAGACGUAAAAAGCGAUGAUUUUAACUUUAUCGAAUCAGCUGCAGUUUCCAAUGUGAAAAAGUUGGAACAGUUGGGUGUUGUGAAUCAGUUGAGCGAAAACGCGAGAUCAUUUUUCACAAAAUAUUCGAACUAA